GCGGCAGGGGCCUUGGCUGACCGCACGGCCACUCAAUCGGGAGGAGCUCUGCCCCUUGCCCGCGUCAAAAAAGAAAGGCACAUGCAAAAUGGCGGCGGCAAGCAGCAAGCUUCUCCAAACCCCACACUUUCACAAGCCUCCGCCCGCGAUGCAACGGGCCAUGAAAGGGAAAGAGGGCCAUGUACCCUGUCCAUUCCCCCUUCCCCCAGAUCCCCGGGGAGCUGUUGGCUGGUGAUGCCGACCGCAGCUCCAUCCGAUGGGCCGAGCUCGGUCUAUGGGCUUCUCUGCCGUACACAGUAGUCGUACGUAGGUAGCCUUUGCAUCAGACCUUGCCAGAGACUUCUUUGUCUCCGUUUCUUAUCCCGGGGGCCCCUGUUUUCGUCAUUGGCGGGAACCAACCGCCGCACCCUUGCUACCCACUAGCUGUGACCCUCGGCUCGGCUCAAGCUUGGUCCUAUCUCGGGGGCAGCCUGCUGUCCGUCCUCUCAUCCCAGACGUGACACCGGCCGGGCAAACUUUCUGUUAUCUAUCCACCUGCUCGGCUUCUCUUUGGCUUCUAUUCUCCUCAUCUUCUCGUUUCCCCUCUUCUUCCCCAUACCCAUUAUACCCAUUCCCGCCCCGACCGCCACCUACUACACCUACCAGCAGCUCGUUGUGAUAUCCACCAUUGAAUCACGACGGACACAUUGGACGCCUGAAAAAGGACAGCAAUAGAGACAAGAAGGGAACAACACACACAAGUGGACCACAAUGGCAACCAUCAACGCCAUCCUCGAGGGCGUGAACGUGCUGGGCACGGUGCGCGAGGAGCACCGCAAGAUCCUGACGCCGCCCGCCCUCGCCUUCCUGGCGCUGCUGCACCGCUCCUUCAACGGGCGGCGCAAGGCCCUGCUGGAGCGCCGGAAGCUGCGCCAGGCCGAGAUCGACAAGGGCGUGCUCCCUGACUUCCUGCCCGAGACCAGGUAUGUGCGCGAGGACCACACCUGGAGGGGCGCCCCGCCCGCCCCGGGCAUGGUCGACCGCCGCGUCGAGAUCACGGGCCCGACGGACCGCAAGAUGGUGGUCAACGCCCUGAACUCCAACGUCUGGACGUACAUGGCCGACUUUGAGGACUCGAGCGCGCCCACGUGGGACAACAUGAUCAACGGGCAGGUGAACCUGUACGACGCGGUGCGGCGGCAGGUCGACUUCAAGCAGGGGAGCAAGGAGUACAAGCUGCGGACGGACCGGACGCUGCCCACGCUCAUCGUGCGGCCGCGCGGCUGGCACCUCGAGGAGAAGCACGUGACGGUCGACGGCGAGCCCAUCAGCGGCUCGCUCUUCGACUUUGGCCUCUACUUCUUCCACAACGCGCACGAGUUGGUGCGCCGCGGCUUCGGCCCCUACUUCUACCUGCCCAAGAUGGAGUCGCACCUCGAGGCGCGCCUGUGGAACGACGCCUUCAACCUGGGCCAGGAUUAUAUUAGUAUGGCCCGCGGCACCAUCCGCGGCACCGUCCUGAUCGAGACCAUCCUGGCCGCCUUUGAGAUGGACGAGAUCAUCUACGAGCUGCGCGAGCACAGCUCGGGCCUCAACUGCGGCCGCUGGGACUACAUCUUCAGCACCAUCAAGAAGCUGCGCAACCACGCCGACUGCGUGCUGCCCGACCGCGCCUCGGUCACCAUGACGGUGCCCUUCAUGGACGCCUACGUGCGCCUGCUCAUCAAGACGUGCCACAAGCGCGGCGUCCAUGCCAUGGGCGGCAUGGCGGCCCAGAUCCCCAUCAAGGACGACAAGGCCGCCAACGACAAGGCCAUGGAGGGCGUGCGGGCCGACAAGCUGCGCGAGGUGCGGGCCGGCCACGACGGCACCUGGGUGGCGCACCCGGCCCUGGCCUCCAUCGCGUCCGACGUCUUCAACGAGCACAUGCCGACGCCCAACCAGCUCUUUGUGCGGCGCGAGGACGACUCGCCCGUGAGCGCGCGCGACCUGCUCAACAUGAACGUGCCGGGCAAGGUGACCGAGGACGGCAUCCGCAAGAACCUCUACAUCGGCCUGGGCUACAUGGAGGCCUGGGUCCGCGGCGUCGGCUGCGUGCCCAUCAACUACCUGAUGGAGGACGCCGCCACGGCCGAGGUGUCGCGCUCGCAGCUGUGGCAGUGGGUGCGCCACGGCGUCAGCACGGCCGAGGGCCGCAAGGUCGACAAGGCCUACGCGCUCCGGCUGCUACGCGAGGAGGCCGACAAGAUGGCCAAGACGCUGCCCCAGGGCAACAAGAUGCAGCUCGCGGCCAAGUACUUUGCCACGCAGGUCACGGGGGAGGACUAUGCCGACUUUUUGACCACGCUCCUCUACAACGAAAUCACGACCGUGGGCAGCGCCGCCCCGGCGUCCAAGCUGUAAACAAGGGGAGACGAGAAACCUCGCCCGUUGAUGGAAUGCUCGCGCUUGCCCGGGGUAGCGCCGCCCUACGUCUAGAACUACAGGCGUCGCGUCGAUAUUCCUCACGUCGAGUCCUGAGAAUGGACUGCUGAGGGUCUAGAACCAGCCUGCGAAAGCGAGCGAGCGAGCGAGCACCCCCUCCCCUCCGUUCACGCGCCCGAGCCAUCGGCUCGUCGCCAACGGGGAAGCGGUUCUGACUCUUCCGACCGAGCUAAGGAGAUGCCAGUGCGGUGGGCUAGAACGCGUGGGGCUGUGUGCGUAUGUAUGUAUGGUAUGGGUUGUGUUGUAAAGUCAUUUGAUGGGGGAGAAGGCUGUUUCGACUAAAAAAAAACCACAGACUGGCUUUGGGUUCGAUCUGGCUUGGUUCGGUAUCUCUUUGGCCGAUUUUUUCAAAUGUUUAUAUGUCUCCACUAGUGCGACGGCGGGCGCCAAAUCCUUCCUAAUCUUGUCUUCCGGGGUGUGUUCUAACAAUCGAUCUAUCAAGUCUGGAUGGAGGCCAUCUUUCCGUCUAUGCCCUACCAGGUGGUGGAAGCGAGAGGCCAUGCCGAAUGGGGUCAGGAGGGUUUGUUUUAUGACACUUCUCUCGUUGUCGCAAACGUCCCAAGCCUUGUUUACAAGCAGACGAAGAAGGCUGGCGCACACGCAUUCUGCCGCCCCCGCUCGCCCCUCCCUUGCCCCAUUCCACAGCCCCGUCACCUCGCAGCCAGAUGUGUUCUUGGGGGCGCGUGAUGGAUAGAUGAAAGGGGAGGUUUGUGUUGGAGCGCGUGGCUUUUUAUUUUUAUUUUAGAUGGAUGGACUUGAUGAUCUGGGCGGGCAAGGGCACAUAACACACAUGGUUGGCUUGGCUUUAGGAAGAUCAGACCAACAACGCACGCACGCACGCACGCAGUUCACCCUGGGCCCGAGAACUGGCGCCAGCCAACAGCAAGCAAUACCGC